CAAAACCCCAGCCUCCCCUGCGGCAGAUCAUCCACGACAGUCAGCAUGUGUGAUAUAGACAGUGCAUGAUACGUACCACCCCCCGAGCCGGCCACCUUCAAACAAGGCUACCACUGCACUGCAUCUUGAGCCGUCCGCCGUUUGUUUGGACAAGCGGUCUUGCCAAAUCGCAACCGCCGCCUCGUCUGUUCCUGCUGUGCUGUCGCCCCAAAAACCGCCCGUCGCCCCAUCGUCACGCAGGUCCCUGCAACGUGGCGCCGUCCUCUGCGGCUCAUCAUUUGUGAACCUGAUAAGUCCUUUUUUUCUGCUUGCCCAGGAAAAAAAGCCCGCACGCACCCGACCCGAGAGACAGGACUCCGCCUGCGUGUCACCCCACCUGCAGCACACAUCCACACACCACGCAGCACCAGACCAGAAAGUGCGCGCUGUUGCCCGCACCGCACCUUCCGACAAGCCUCCAGGUUAUCUGCCUCGAUUGAUCGCAGCCGAGCCCACGCUGCCAAAACAAAAAAGACAACGCACUCGCCCUGCGCCGACAGCUGUCUGGCUUGUCGUCAUCCAAACACAGAAGCAACCAAACAAGACCAAUACUGCUCGCCCAGCACAUCUCGAUCUAGAUCUACAAAACCGUGCAUCUUGCCGAUCUUGCUCAAGAGAAGCACCUACCUCGUGGGACAACAAGCUUGAUUUCAGCCGGUGUACAGCCUCCUCCUAGCCAAAUCAGCAAUCAUGGCCACCGCCGUCAGCUCUAGUCCAAUCCCGCACUCGCCUCCCCGCGCCGGGGAGGUCAAGCGACCAAAGGGCAUCCUCAAAAACUCGUUCCAGCGCUCGCCGCCCGUCUCGCCCCGCGCCGAGCAGCCGCCCGCCAGCGCCGUGGAGGCGGCGCCCGAGCCGCCCGAGAGCCCGCCCAUGACGGACAAGGAGCUCACAAUCCACAACACGCAGUACAACGCCGGCCACCGGCGCUCGUCGUCGGCCGCCCGGCCCGGCGCCGCCUCGCGCAGACAGUCGAGCCGGACGCCGUCGCACCAGGGCGAGGGCGACGAGGAGGAGUCCAACAUGCGGCUCAAGUGGGACGAGGCCAACCUCUACCUCACGGAGCAGGACCGCACCAGCACCAUGAAGAUCGACGAGCCCAAGACGCCCUACGCCAAGCAUUACGACCCGACCGAGGACCCCAGCGACGACGAGGACGUGGACAUGGGCGGCAGCGGCAGCGGCAGCGGCAGCGGCAGCGGCAGCAACGCCGCCAAGCACCGCACCGCCAGCGCGUCGGACGAGAUCCCGGGCCUGUCGCUCGGCGAGCCCGAGGAGGCGGUGCCCGACGAGUUCGCGCGCGAGGCGUCGCCCCGCCAGCGGGCCGUGCACGUCGACGAGUCCGGGAGCGGCCACGACAACGACGACGACGAGCUGGCCGGCCUCAGCCCCGAGGAGCGCGAGAAGCACCGCCGCUUCAACCAGCUGCGCAAGAAGCACUACGAGAUGAAGGACGUCGCCCAGCUGCUCGGCCAUCCCGAGGACCUCGACGACAUGGACGAAGAGGACGGGUCGGCUGCCCCACCAGUCCCGCCCGUGCCUAAUGGGCGUGCUGCGUGAGAGGUUGUCAUGGCAUUGUCCUUCCGUUCAUGUGAUGGCUUUUUUUUCUUUGCUUGUCAAGUUCUUGGUGUUAUUCCUAUGCAAGCCUUACUGCUGGCAUGUGAUGGGGGUGGGUCAUUGGGGGGGAGGUGGCGUGCCUUUUAGUUUCGAGACUCGGAGUUUAUUCAUUUUUGGGCCUGUUCUAGUUUUCAACGCAUCGCCUGGGCUGUCUAGCCGGGAUGGGAGCCGCUGCUGUACGGAUUUUGGUAAUUCGAGGGAACGGGAGCAGCCAAGGCGUUAGUUUUAUUUGCUUAUCCUUUCCUUGUUGUCCAACGGGAUAUCCAUCAUCACCGCCCCCGUGUUACGGGGAGAAAUG